CAUCAGAGGCUUGAGCGUUGCUUUCAGCAUCAUUAUCAAAUCGCUACUCACUGGAAGCAGACCUUAUCGCAGCUUCUUCGUCACAUCAUGUAUCCGGAACUAGAAGUGGACCCUGAACUCACAGAGCGGGCAACUAAAGUGCGUUUGCUGUCCACCCAGAACGAUGCCAAAGUCCCGUCGGGCGCCAACAGUGCCGAGAAGGUGGCCAAGCGGGCGCCACAGCCCAAAUGGAAGCGCGCAUUAUUGCGACAUGUGCCCGUGUUUCAAUGGUUGCCCGGCUACAAUAUGGAAUGGGGCAUUGAUGAUUUGAUAACUGGCAUCACGCUGGGUCUAACUAUCAUACCAGAGAGCAUUGCCUGCGCCCUGCUCGCGGGUCUGCCUGCCCGCUACGGCCUGUGCUCGGCCUUCAUAGGUCCGCUUAUCUAUUUGAUCUUCGGCUCCAUCGACAAGGUCAUCAUUGGACCCACCAGCCUGGUCGCCCUGGUCAGUGUCCAGUUCACCGUGAACAGGCCCAUUGAAUUCGCGUUUCUGCUCACCUUCUUGAGUGGCGUCGUGCAGAUCAUUAUGGGCGCAUUACGUGUAGGUUUCAUCUUUGAGUUCAUAUCGAUGCCGGUGAUCAAAGCCUUCUCCUCGGCCACAGCAAUCCUGGUCAUUGAGUCGCAGAUCAAGGUCCUCCUGGGCAUCAAAUACUUAGUGCCCGGCCUCAUCAGCUCCGUGAGCACCCUCAGCUCACGCAUCGGCGAGGCGAAUAUGGCUGAUCUGAUCAUGGGCACGUGUGCCAUUGUAUUUCUGCUGUUGCUCGAGCUGUUGGAACGCGUCGCCCGCUGUGAGAAACGCAGCAAAGCCUUGCGCGUCUGCUGUCGCUAUUUGGCGACGUCGAGGAAUACGCUCAUCGUAUUCAUUGCCGGCAUUGUCUCCUACAUUUGGCUGGGCUACCGGGAGACGGUGCCCUAUUCCCUCAGCUCGAAUGCAAUCUCCAGCUUGCCCAACUUCACGGUGCCCAGCUUGAGCAUCGAAACGCCUGAGCGUAGCUUUAGCUUCUGGCAGAUCCUGCAGGAGCUCAAUGUGGGCAUCAUUGUCAUACCCAUUGUUGGCAUCCUGACAAACAUAUCCAUUGGCAAGCUGACACCCAAGGGUCUGGUCGAUACCAAUCACGAGCUGCUCACCGUUGGACUGUGCAACAUGUUUGGCUCCUGUGUGCAGGCGAUGCCCUCGUCGGGCGCCUUCACCCGCUAUGCCAUCAGCACAGCCUGUGGCCUCAAGACUCCCAUGGCCAACUUGUAUCUGGGCAUCAUUGUGCUGCUGGCGCUGAGCUACCUCAGUCCCUACUUCAACUAUAUACCGGAGGCGACGCUGGCGGCCAUUUUGAUUUGCUCGAUCUUUACGCUGCUGGACUUUAAGCUUCCGCUGCGGCUGUGGCGCGAGUCGAAACGGGACUUCGGCAUCUGGCUGCUGUGCUUCUGUGUGUGCGUGCUCUUUGGCGUGGAGGUGGGCCUGUUUGUCAGCAUCGUGGUGACGGCGCUGCACCUGCUCUUCCUGUGGGCACGGCCGGAAAUAUUGGUGAGAAUACAGGAAAUGGACGAUAUGCAGUACAUAUCGGUGGUGCCUGGCAAUGGCAUCUACUUCCCGGCCAUCAAUCAUCUGAGAGCUCUUGUGCUCAAGGCGUGCACACGGGCGGACUUCAAGAUCUCCGUGGUCAUCGAUGGGCACAAGAUAACGGGCCUGGACUACACGGCUGCCCAGGGCAUAUCGAAGCUGUCGAGUGACUUGUGCAGGCAGUCGGACGCCUCCAGCUCCAUACUCCUGAUACUCUACAGAUUUCCCGAGCAUCUGCAGCACCUCAUCGACGUGACGGAUAACUUGGUGUUCUGCGCAAGCGAGGCCAAGGUCAAGGAGUUUCUCACACAGGAAUCACUGCGCAACGGCCACAUCAGUCUGAAUGCACACAUACGCGCCUCCAUAGAUCUGGGGUAUAAGAUUGAUGUGGAAUAGUCUUGGCAUUUAGUUUUAAGUUAUUAUUUAUUUAAAUAAACUUUCAUUGUUUCUCCCAUAAACAACCAAAA